UCCAGUCUCCAGACCAGGUUUUAGCUGAUUACCAAAACGGGGGUCUUCGAGAAUCAACACCACUGAGCACUGAGGCCUGGGUGGAGAGCUCUUUUUUUUUUUUUUACAAAAAAGGAAAGAAAAAAAGCUUUUACUUACAGAUACUCUUCUGGGUCAGACCGAGGCUGAUAAGAGCUGGCGACGCUCAGACGCGCGGAACACCUGAACUUGUUUUUGCUUGUUUUCUUAUUUUAUCUUUUUAUCUUUUAUCGUUUAUCUUUUUCGUCUUCUUCCCUCUCAUAUCAGAAAUCUGUGAUAUCCAGAUAAUGUUUAUAAAUGUUAUCAUCAUACUCUUUCAGCAGCGAUCUGUCUUUGUGAUAAUGAAGUGAAAGUGGGGGGGGGGGGGAUGUAAAGUGUGUGACUGCAGAGAAGUGACGCCCUGCCCGCAUCCAGAUGUUUCAUGUUUCCCCUGCGCGCUCUUUGGAGAGAUCUGCUCACGGAGGAGCGCUGAAAUCUUGAUCAUACAUUGCAUGCUCCAUGGCACCACAUCGGAUUAAAAGAGCAAGGAGCACGAUGCUUUUUGCGUAAGGUGGCUGGCUUUUUGCUCCAGGGUUUAACUUUUUUUUCUUGCUUCUGGAGUUUGGAGAAACUGAGGAUGGCCGCGCUGCUGGUGAUAUAUUUGGUUUGGGGCUUCAUUGCGCCUUUUGUGCACGGAAAUUCUAGUCCAAAUCACGAGAAUGUGAUUGACCUCCUGGCAGCUCUAAACAUGUCCCACCAUGUAAACGGCGUGACCAGACUGCAGAGUUCCAGCAGCACAGUGUAUAAAAUACGUCCCAGAGCUCCCUACCUGACCCUUCCUCGUGAAUAUUCCCACUUCUUGUACUCCAACCUUCAGGGCAGCAUAGGGGUGCAUUUGGUGGGUCAUCAGAUGUCGGGAUCCAGUGCCACUGUUUUUUCCCUCUCCUCUGCAUCCUUGCCCAUUCUCCAAAUCGUCUCCUCCAACCUCAAUCAGUCUCUGCGUUUGGACUACCAGGUCGAAGGACGAGCACAGGGCCUCACCAGUGUUCACUUCCCGGGGAGAAAUCCCUUCUCCAGGGAGGAGUGGGUACAGCUGGCUGUGAGCCUGGAGCCUGAUAGACUGACAUUUUUUGUGGACUGUCAAGAAGCAGCUGUUUUGCCAAUAAAACGUGAGAACAGGAUCAACCUGAAACUGCCUCAAGAUGUUGUCAUCAGUCUUGCCAGUACACCCGGGAAGAAAGACAGCAAAUUUAGCGGAUAUUUCCAGAUUGCUGAAAUUUCACUGAAAGCAUAUCAACAGCGUCCGUGGACCUGUGGCAACAUUACAGGUACUCCCUCUCAGGACACACUUAGUCCAGCCUCUGGGACUGACAUCCAUCAAAGGCUGCAAGACCAACCCAACAAUCAUCUCCAGGACAUUGAGAGUGAUCAGUUGCAGAGAGGAACAGUACUGGGGCCCCCGGAAUCUCCUCAAGGGGUGAAGUCUGAUUCUCAGGCACAGAGAGAGGACAGGCUGAGGAAGAUGGAGAGGAGGCUCGAGGAUAUGGCUGGUAUGCUCGACAUGGUGAAAGCUCAGAAUCUAGAUCUACAGUCCCGCGUAAAACAGCUGGAAGGAUGUGAGUGCGUGAGGCAGCGAUGUGUAUAUGAGGGACGUGAAAUGGUGGAUGGCCAGCGCUGGCAGACUGACAUCAACACGUUGUGUUCAUGCACAUCUGGAAGAGUGACAUGCCAAGCAAACAUCCAAACUGACGGGUGUGAGCCGGAUGGUACAGUUCAAAGUGUGUCCCAGAACACCGCAGAUGGCUGUCAGACAUGUACAUGUAAGGGUGGUCAGAGGGAGUGCUCUCCCCGGCCAUGCCCUGCACUGGACUGCACAGUGACGGAGAACGUACCAGGACGCUGCUGCCAGCAAUGCAGAGGUUGCCACCAUUUUGGCGUCAGGUAUGAUCACGGAGCCACGUGGAGGCCAGCACAGAAUCCUUGUGAAGUCUGCCAGUGUUUGGAGGGUCGUGUUCGCUGUGAGAGGGAGCGCUGCGACACCCCUUGUAAAAACCCCGCCACUCCUCCAUCCAAAUCCUGCUGUCCAGUUUGUGGAGGUUGUGGUGUGAAAGGACAGAACUUCCCUGAUGGAGCUGUGGUUCCUGCUACAGACCGCUGUCAGGCGUGCACAUGUGUGAAAGGAGAUGUGGCGUGUUCACCUGUUCCCUGUCCUCCCGUGCCUUGUCGUAACCCAGUGCAUCGUCCUGAAGACUGUUGCCCACGAUGCGAGCAGUGUCAAUAUGAGUCCACCGUGUACAUGAAUGGACAGAAGUUCCAGUCCAGGACAGACCCCUGCCUCCAAUGCCGCUGCACUGCUGGUGAAGUGUCUUGUGAACGCAUGGAUACAUCAUGUCCACCACCACCAUGCAGUCAUCCAGCUAAGCGCAAAGGAGAAUGUUGCCCCACAUGCAACGAGUGUGAGUACGACAGAAGGGUGUAUCCUGAUGGAAAAGUGUUCGUCCCUGCUGGGAGCGGUCCCUGCCUGCAGUGCAGGUGUAAGGGUGGGAACGUAGCUUGCCGUGAUCAGAAGUGUCCUCCCGUCCAGUGCGCCAACCCUGUUUCAGACCCACAUCGCUGUUGUCCAGUCUGCACAGCGUGUGUUGUGGAGGGGGUUGAAUAUGAAGAAGGUUCCAGCUGGCGCCCUGAAGGUCCCUGUUCCAGCUGCACCUGUGUGAACGGAAAAACCGUAUGUUCACAGACUCGCUGCCCCCCCACCAACUGCCAGCAUCCCACCAAGACUACUGGCUCCUGUUGUGCCGAAUGUGAAAGCUGCACUUACAACCACCGGAUCUAUACCAACGGCCAGAGUUUUACAACCCCUGACCAGCCCUGCCACGUCUGCUCCUGUCAGCAUGGCAGUGUUCAGUGUGAGAGACGACCUUGCCCUGCGCUCAACUGUACCAACCCCCACACCCCAUCUGGAGAGUGCUGCCCCAGAUGUCCAGAUUGCAACUUUGAAAACCGUGUGUUUGUGAACGGAGAGGCUUUUCCCAAUCCCGUGAGUAGAUGUGAGGAGUGUAGGUGUGAGAGCGGAAGGAUCGACUGCCAUCAACAGCAGUGUCCUCAGCCUCGCUGUAAUGCACCUUUACCUGGAGCAUGCUGUCGGAACAACUGUAACGGCUGCAGCUACGCGGGGAAGGAGUAUCCCAAUGGACAGGAGUUUCCUCAUCCUACUGACCCAUGCAGGACAUGCACCUGCCUGAAUGGAAAUGUCCAGUGUUUGACGAGGAGAUGUCCACCAACAAAAUGCUCCAAGCCUAAUGUGGUGAAGGGAGACUGCUGCCCCCGGUGUCCUGUUCCUCCAGCAGACUGUGUGUAUGAAAAAAGAACCUUUCGACACAUGGAGCGUUUCUCCCGCCCGUCUGACAGCUGCCAAUCAUGUGUCUGCGACAACGGGAAGGUUCAGUGUCAGCGGAAGCCCUGCCCCUUCGCUCGAUGUUCUCACCCCAUCACACAAGACUGCUGCCGGACCUGCGAAGGCUGCUCAUAUGAGGGUCGAGAGCGAGCUAAUGGGGAGACGUGGGGCGUCCCAUCAGACCCGUGCGCUGUGUGUGCUUGUCGUGACGGCUCCGUCCAGUGUGAGAGUAAACGCUGUCCACCCUCCAACUGCAACCACCCGGUCCAGAGACAAUGCUGCAUGUCCUGUGAUGGCUGUAUGUUUGAUGGUAAAGAAUAUCAUGACGGCACUGAGUUUGCUGAUAACAAAGACCCCUGUAGUGUUUGCUACUGUUACCGAGGGGACGUCACCUGCACCCAGAUGCCCUGCAAUGGAGACUGCAGUCACCCUUACAAACCACCCAGGCAAUGCUGUGGAGAAUGUGAUCGCUGUUUCUACAAUGGUGCCGUCCUCGUCAGUGGACAGUCCAUCCCUGACCCAGGAAACCCCUGCUCUGAAUGUACCUGCCAGAGCGGUUCAGUGCGAUGCGUGAGGAAGCAGUGUCCACCAGCUCCUUGCCCUCAUCCGACCGCCAACCAGUGUGGCUGCCACGUCUGUGAUGGUUGCCAGUUCCAAGGUGUGGCUUACGCUGACGGACAGAUGCUUCCCGGAGGAGCAUGCCAGGACUGCACAUGCAUAAGAGGUGAGGUGGUUUGUGCGCAGAGAAGAUGCCCUCCGGUUUCGUGCUCACAUCCAGCUGGGGAUGGCUGUGCAUGUGGAGUGUGUGACAGAUGUAACUUUCAAGGACGAGACUGUUACAAUGGAGAGCAAUUCCCACAUCCUUCAGACCACUGCCAGCACUGCUUCUGUCAGAACGGUGGUGUUCAGUGUUCCCAUAUGCGUUGUCCAAACCCUGCCUGUGAGCGUCCAGUGACCCCUCCAGGGGAGUGCUGCCCUGUAUGCACAGGGAUGUGUUUGUAUCAUGGUAGGGAGUAUCAAUCGCGCUCCACCUUCACUUCACCCACUGAUCCCUGCUCUUCAUGCUCCUGUAUGAAUGGGGUGGUGAACUGUCAGAGGAGAUCUUGUCCAGUCCAGUGCUCACAUCCCGUCCCUUCAGAUUCCUGCUGUCCGGUUUGUGACUCCUGUCUCUAUGAGGGAGUUGUGCAUUCUCAUGGUCAAACCUUCAUGCCGUCAUCCAACCCCUGCCAGCGCUGCACCUGUGUCAGAGGCACUGCUACCUGUGUGCCCCAUGUUUGCCCGCAAAUGCCCUGCGGUCAACCUGUUGUCAGGCCGGGACAGUGCUGUCCUGAGUGCCCUGACUCAGCGUGUAUGCAGGAUGGACAGGAGUUCCCUGACGGACAGUCGUUGGCCAUGAGUCCAAACCCCUGUCCCAAGCUGAACUGUACACACCAGGUGACGGAUCCGGGCACCUGCUGUCCUCGCUGUAGAGGUUGUAUUUAUGGAGGAGAGGAGCGUGCAGAGGGCAGCAGCUGGUUUGCAGACUCCACUCCCUGUAUGAACUGCAUGUGUGUGGACGGAGUGACCACUUGCUCUGAAGUACGCUGCUUGUCUCCGUGCGUCAACUUCAUCAGUGUGCCUGGGGAGUGCUGCCCGGUGUGUGCUGAUUGUGUUUUUGAGGGCAGAGUGUACAGCCCAGGAGACAGUUUCCAUCCAUCCAAUGACCCCUGUCAGAUCUGCACAUGUGAGGUGAUGCCGGAUGGAAAGCAGCACCUGAAGUGUUACCGAAAGCAGUGUCCCAGUUUGGUAGACUGUCCUAAGAGCAACAUCUUGUUCUCUGGACCAGACUCCUGCUGUCCUGUCUGUGCACAGCCUCUGACUAACUGCACUGCUAAGCUGACUGGCAAUGAGGUGCUGGCAACCAAUGACCCCUGUUUUACCUGCCAGUGCAAGGAUCUGACCUGGACCUGCUUACACCAAAAUUGCCCUCCGCUCUCUUGCCCUCCUAAUGAACAGUUCACCCCUCCAGACAGCUGCUGUCCCGUUUGUAAACAUUGUGUGAUUGAGAGCCAGAACCAGCGUAUGAUCAACGGCACCAGCUGGACAGACAGCAAUGAUGAUUGUAUCACCUGCACCUGUAAGAUGGGCUACAUUGAAUGCAGCGUUGAAGAGUGUCCACCUGUGGUUUGUCUCAGUGGCCAAAAACAAGUGAAGCCUCCGGGGAAAUGCUGCCCUGAAUGUCAAGACCCAGAGGCGUCGUGCCUGUACCAGGGGACAGUGUAUCACUCUAAUGAACAGUGGGAGGUGGAUGAGUGUACCAGCUGUACAUGUGUGACUGGAGACGUACACUGUCGCAGUGAACGCUGCCCUCCCCUCACCUGUGCAACAGAUGAGAUGCCAGCAGUAUUCCCAGGUUUGUGUUGUCCUCACUGCCUUCCUCGUCCAGCCACCUGCAUUGCCUUUGGCGACCCUCAUUACCGAACCUUCGAUGGCCGCAUGCUGCACUUCCAGGGGACGUGCACGUACGUCCUGGCUAAGGACUGUGAAGGAGGUGACUUCAGUAUUCAUGCCACAAAUGACGAUCGUGGCCGUAAAGGCGUGUCCUGGACUAAAGAGGUGACUGUGUUUGUAGGAGACAUCACAGUGCAGCUGCUGCAGGACUGGGUUGUCAAGGUGAACGACAACGUUGUCACUUUGCCGUUCCUCAGAGAACCACACAUCUAUAUCGAACGGCAAACCAACACUAUUUUACUCAACACUAACAUUGGGCUGAAGGUGCUUUGGAGUCCUCGUUCACAUGUGGAAGUGAGCGUUCCAGGCUCCUAUAAGGGCCAGACAUGUGGUCUUUGUGGAAACUUCAAUAACUACUACCAGGAUGACCUCCGAAUGCCCAGUGGACGACUCAGCAUGUCAGAGUCUGAGUUUGGCAACAGCUGGAGGGUCAAAAAUGGCAGCCAUUCCUUGUCAUCCUGCCGUCCGGGUGAGAAUGUGGACCCCUGUAAGGACGCAGGUUACCAGGCCAAGAAGGCGGCCAACAAUCGCUGUAAAAUCCUGAAGUCUGCUGCCUUUAAGGCCUGUCAUCGCGUGGUGCCUCCUGAACCGUGGUAUGGAGCUUGUGUAUAUGACCUCUGUGCUUGUGGGUCCAAUGCUGAGGAGUGUCUGUGUGACACUCUGGAGGCGUACGCCAGCCAGUGCAGACAGGCUGGAGUCAUCCUGAAGUGGAGGAGCUCAUCGCUGUGUGCUGUUGGGUGUCCAGUGGAGAGGGGCUUUGUGUUUGAUGAGUGCGGCCCUCCGUGUCCUGUGACCUGCUUCAACGUCGACGUGCCGCUCGUGAUCGAGAGCCACUGCUUCAAGCCCUGCGUCCCGGGCUGCCAGUGUCCCGCCGGCCUGGUUCUUCACAACAACUACUGCAUACAGCCAGAGAAGUGCCCCAAGAUCGUUCACGGCAACUCUACAUGAUGCUUGAACUACUCAGUGAGCAAGUGAACCCUCACUUAUUCACACAUACGUGCACUGCCCCUCGCAUCAGCCUCCUGUUACUGCAUUGCAAGAUUCGAAAUGGAAAAAUAUCUAGAAAAACGUCCAAAACCUGCGGAUUCUAUAUAUCGACUCAAAAGAAAUACUGUAUUUUGUGUUUUAACAUUUCAUCACUGUGCACUGUCUGACUGUAUAUGCAGUAAAUCACUUAAUCUCAGGUACUCCUCUUUUCCUUCUCCAUUUUACAAAUAAAGCAAACUGUCACUAA